AUGGCCGAAGACCUCAAAGAUCCAGGCAAGUGGCAUUUCCCAUCAACCUUCAAGGCCAAAUCGUUGGCAGUCCUCGAGUUCCUCACGACGCUUGUCGUCCUCGCCGCCGCACAGCUUGCUGCGACGCAAGGGCCGCAGCCAGGCCGGAUCAAGAAUCUCGUGACAUUCGGCGACUCCUACACCGAUGUCGUCAGUCCAUAG